GUUAUUGUAUUAUUGUACAGUUUAGGCAUAUCAAAUAUUCGGUUACUGAACAACACUCAAAAUGUUGAGAAUAAACGUUGGCCUGUUAUUGCUAAUUUUCGUCUCAUAUAUUGUUUUUUCAGAACAAACCGGAUCAUGCGAUAUUAAAGAUAUCAAGCGUCUUAAAACUCCACCGAUAAUUCAAAAUCAAACAAGCCACGUUAACAGCUCAUUGGACUUCAGAACGUGCGGUCCAUCAGGAAGUCCGGAUAUCAUAUACAAAAUGAUACCUGAUAGGAUCACUUCAAAGGUCCGUUUUAUAGACAUAGAGCUUUCGUUUAUGGCACUAGCUGAUGCUGACGGAGGUUACUUAGAUGCUAAUGUGGUAUAUGAGCCUGACAAUAUACAAAUGAAAUAUUCCACUGGCUUUGACUGUGGUUUGAUGGAGAGCAACCUAAAAUGCCCUCUGCCGAUUAAGAGGAAAGUGAACUAA